AUGUGGAGGCGCAGAGAGAGAGGAGAGGAGCAGUAUGUGGAGGCGCAGAGAGAGGGAGAGGAGCAGUAUGUGGAGGCGCAGAGAGAGGGAGAGGAGCAGUAUGUGGAGGCGCAGAGAGAGGGAGAGGAGCAGUAUGUGGAGGCGCAGAGAGAGGGAGAGGAGCAGUAUGUGGAGAUGCAGAGAGAGGGAGAGGAGCAGUAUGUGGAGGCGCAGAGAGAGGGAGAGGAGCAGUAUGUGGAGGCGCAGAGAGAGGGAGAGGAGCAGUAUGUGGAGGCGCAGAGAGAGGGAGAGGAGCAGUAUGUGGAGGCGCAGAGAGAGGGAGAGGAGCAGUAUGUGGAGGCGCAGAGAGAGGGAGAGGAGCAGUAUGUGGAGGCGCAGAGAGAGGGAGAGGAGCAGUAUGUGGAGGCGCAGAGAGAGGGAGAGGAGCAGUAUGUGGAGGCGCAGAGAGAGGGAGAGGAGCAGUAUGUGGAGGCGCAGAGAGAGGGAGAGGAGCAGUAUGUGGAGAUGCAGAGAGAGGGAGAGGAGCAGUAUGUGGAGGCGCAGAGAGAGGGAGAGGAGCAGUAUGUGGAGGCGCAGAGAGAGGGAGAGGAGCAGUAUGUGGAGGCGCAGAGAGAGGGAGAGGAGCAGUAUGUGGAGGCGCAGAGAGAGGGAGAGGAGCAGUAUGUGGAGGCGCAGAGAGAGGAAGUGGAGCAGUAUGUGGAGGCGCAGAGAGAGGGAGAGGAGCAGUAUGUGGAGGCGCAGAGAGAGGGAGAGGAGCAGUAUGUGGAGGCGCAGAGAGAGGGAGAGGAGCAGUAUGUGGAGGCGCAGAGAGAGGGAGAGGAGCAGUAUGUGGAGGCGCAGAGAGAGGGAGAGGAGCAGUAUGUGGAGGCGCAGAGAGAGGGAGAGGAGCAGUAUGUGGAGGCGCAGAGAGAGGGAUAG